AUGGGCCAGAGAAACCCUCACCUCAGCUCCAGUGUCUGUUUGACGGUGGAUCCGACCCGGUUCCCCAACGGUUCCCCUUCCUCAUGGUGCUGCUCCGUUUGCCGGUCAAACAAAAGCCCGUGGGUUUGCCUGACAUGUUUGAAUGUGCAUUGUGGAAGGUAUGUAAACGGCCAUGCAAAAAAGCAUUUCGAGGAGAUUCAGGCACCAGGAGGCGGUCAAAGGAAGCCAGAGCGAGAAAAGUCGAGCGAGAAGAGUCAGCAGCACUCUGUGUGUAUGGACUGUAACAGUUAUAGCACGUUCUGUUACAGAUGUGAUGAAUUUGUGGUGAACGACACAAAACUAGGGCAUGUGCAGAGGGUCAGAGAACAUCUGCAGAGUUUGGAAAACUCUGUGUCUAAUACUGACAGACAGAGGAAGAGAAAACUGUCAGACAGUUCCUCUCCUGACAGCAAGCUGAAGAAAGACAGCGACAGCACCAUAGCACAGUGUGCCACGGGCCUCCGAAACCUGGGUAACACCUGCUUCAUGAACGCCAUUCUCCAGUCCCUGAGUAACAUCCAGGUGUUCAGCUGUUAUUUUAAGGAGCUGCCCUCGGUGGCCUUACGAAGUGGAAAAACUGCAGGAAGGAGAAUGUACCACACCAGAAGUCAGGGGGACAGCAGUGUGUCUGAACAAAAUGGCAGGUUAAUCCUGCUGCGGAUAGACAGACUAGAUGUGCUUUCACAAUGUCCCGAUUCAGUCAAACGCUCUCGGGAUGGGACUUGUGUGGGUUUAUUUAAUAAUGUAGAGCGUUUUUUUGUUUUGUUUAGAAAUGGGACCUCCACUAUCGUUACAUCCGUGUUUGGUGGCGUCCUGCAGAACGAGGUGUACUGCUUGAUAUGUGGCACCGAGUCUCGAAAAUUUGAUCCAUUCCUAGAUCUCUCAUUGGACAUUCCCAGACAGUUUCGAAUCAAGACCACAAAAGACCAAGAGCCGAGGCCGACAUGCACUUUAAAUGAUUGCCUUCGGAGUUUCACAGACCUCGAGGAACUGGAUGAAACUGAGCUCUACAUGUGUCACAAGUGCAAAAAGCGACAAAAGUCCACCAAGAAAUUCUGGAUCCAGAAACUGCCCAAGGUGCUUUGUUUGCAUCUGAAGAGGUUUCACUGGACAGCGUUUCUGAGGAAUAAGAUCGACACCUAUGUAGAGUUUCCAAAGCGUGGCCUUGACAUGAAAAGCUACUUGCUAGAGCCUGAAAACAGCUUGCCAGAGAGAUGCCUGUAUGAUCUUUCUGCAGUAGUGGUGCAUCAUGGAUCUGGCAUCGGCUCAGGACAUUACACGGCAUACGGGCUUCACGAGGGCCAAUGGUACCACUUCAACGACAGCACAGUCACUCUGGUCAGUGAGGAGGCUGUGCUGAAAGCCAAGGCCUACAUUCUGUUCUACACAGAGCACACGGAUCAAGAGAGUCCAGCCAAGCUUUAAGACUUCCUCCAGAUCAGUUAUCGGACCUUCAUACAUGUGCCGUCAUCUGUCUCUUGUCUCAUGCUAUCCAGUUAUGAUUUUUUUUUGCAUCACAGAACCUCAAUACAAACUGAAUUGCUGCUUGCGUUUCGACUUGAUGACUUUUCGUUUAAUAGACUGUCCCAGUUUUUUGUCUUCAUCCGCCACCAGUGUGAAAUGAGAUUCCAAAGGCAAUUCUUCAGGGGGAUUUUUGUCUGCCGAAUGAACUCAAAUUGACUGUAGAAACAAAAUGCUUUACAAUUGAUUUUUUCCCUCUCCUCACUGAGUGUUUUUCCGUCGUCUGAAAUGAUGACAGCUGUCACGUUUCUGACGUCUCCUACUCACGCCAAUGAUCUGCUCGCUGCUCCAGGAAAAAACCUUUCUGUUCGGCUCGGAAAUGCAUUCUUGUCUCCUGAGCCUGCUGUUCAUUGAUCUAGGUUGAUGUGGAGGUGUUUCCGAACUAAAACUUGAAAUGUUUGAUUUUACGUGACAAAACAAGAUGUCGUCUGUAUCUCAAAGCAGUAGUUGACUGCGAUCACCUCACUAAUGUGAAAAUGACUUUUGAAGGGUCCAGUAGCUCACGUGUCUUGUUUCCUUUACGCUUGAAAGUGUUUGACCAGAUGUACACUUUCUGUCCUUUUAGAAUUAAAGGGAUGCAGAUUGUGCAAAAGUUGGUUUGCGUUUUUAUUAUAUUAUUCUCAAAAUUAAAACGUAUGCAAUAAAUUAUUGUAUUUACUGGUCCAUUUUGCAGCUUAUGCUGGCAAAGACCUCACUUCACAAGU